GGGCAAAAGUCCUUCAUGCUGUAUUUGGACCUUCACAUCAAACCAUUUGUGGCUGUAAGAAGAAUCAGACAUGACUUUUCUGCUAUAUUUGCUUCUUGGUCUUGUUGCCUCUCUAAUCGGGGGUCUGUACCUUUUUGGGGUGUUUCGACAGAGGCGUCCAGGAGAACCCCCGUUGGAUAAAGGGCCCAUUCCCUGGCUGGGUCAUGCUAUCGAGUUUCACAGGCACCCAGUGAAGUUCCUGGAGAGGAUGAAGCAAAAGCAUGGCGAGAUUUUCACAGUACGACUGGCAGGCAUGUACAUCACAGUCCUUUUGGACCCUCUAUCAUUGGCGGCAUUCGUCCAUGAGAGUGAAGAAAAACUGAGCUUAAGCAAGUUUUCGGUGAAGGUGGCAGAGCGAAUCUUUGGUGUAAAAAUCUCAGGUCAUGAGAAACACUCGACUCUGAUCAACAAACACCUGAGGGGGGAUGGAUUGGAGGUGCUGACUCAGACCAUGAUGUCAAAUUUGCAAGAUGUGAUGUUGCAGAACAUUUGCCUGUCUUUAGACCGCAAGACUUGGAUAGAAGAUAACCUGUCAGUGUUCAGCAUUAAGAUGAUUUUCAAGGCUAGCUACUUAUCUCUCUUUGGUAAAGUGUCACAGAAGUCCUGUGGAAGUGUUGAAAAAGCCAAAGAGAAAGACCUAGCUGACUCUCAAGUCCUGUUUUCUGAAUACUCCAAGUUUUAUCACCUCUUCCCUAAAUUGGCUGUUGGACUUUUGACUCCAUGGGAAAAGAUGGAGGUGGAGAAGCUAAAGAAAUCCCUCUGGAACGCUCUGUCCGUCCAGAAGCUGAAGACCAGGGAUAACAUCAGUCGUUGGGUGUUGGACGUUGAGCAAGACCACCAAGAAAUGGGUAUGAAGGAAUCCAUGAUUGACAGACAUAUGCUCAUUCUUCUCUGGGUCUCGCAAUCAAAUGCAGGACCUUCAGCAUUCUGGCUCCUCUUCUUCCUCAUGAAGCACCCUGAGGCUAUGAGUGCUGUGAAGAAGGAGGUGGAUGAUAUUCUGAAGGAAUCAGGGCAGAAAGUUGUACAUGGUGGCCCCUUGAUCAAUGUGACCUAUGACAUGCUGACGAAAAUGCCAAUUCUUGAUAGCGCCUUGGAAGAGACUCUUCGCCUCACCGUGACCUUAUUCCUCUUCAGAUCAGUGAUCCAGGACAUGGCUUUCAAGAUGGCUGAUGGGUGUGAAUACCAAAUUCGCAACGGUGACAGCAUGGCAGCCUUUCCUUACAUUGCCAUUCACACAGACCCGGAGAUCUACUCUGAUCCACAUUCGUUCAAAUACAACCGUUUUCUGAAUCCAGACGGGAGCAAGAAAACAACCUUCUUUAAAGCGGGGAAGAAGGUAAAGCAUCACAGCAUGCCUUGGGGCGCAGGAACGACAAUGUGUCCCGGGAGGUUCUUUGCACUCAAUGAACUGAAACUGUUUGUUUUCCUCAUGUUGGUCUACUUUGAUUUGGAGUUGAUGGAUCCUGAAGAGGAGAUACCCGAUGUUGACACCAGUCGGUUGGGCUUUGGCGUGACUCACCCCUCGAGAGACGUCCGGUUUAGGUACAGACACAGAGUCUAAGCCUAUGUACCAUUCUAAGAGAAGGCCUUUUCUUUACAUCUUGUAAGUAGAGUUAUUUUGUAAUCAAUUUAGACACUUAAGUCAGUCAAAAGGACCUGCCUUGGCAUUAGUUGGCAAUGAUGAAGGUAAAAUUAUAUGGUUAAAGGGUUAUUUUUUUUGGGGCUCAUGAUCAAAGUUUCAUUCUCAGGAGUGCAUAUCAAAAUAGUUUAAAAGACAGAACUCCCAUUAACAGAAAAAGGCAAUACUUUAUUUCUAUCAAAUAUAAAAACCUUGAUAAGAUCCCUGAUUAUUUUCCCUUUAAACUCUGUAAUAACCCAAGGACAAUUAUUUCUGUCUUGGUCCAACCUCUGUCUCUUUACGCCUCAUCAUCCUGCCUUAAUUCCUCUCCAACUCUGCCCUUCUCCCCCUCCUCAUGUGUACUGUCACUUUGACUUUGUGUCAUACUGUGUCUACGCAGGGUAAUCAUGCAGACAACCAUGAGGAAUUGAAGCUACGAAGGUAGAGAGGUGGUUGUAACUCAGCCUGGGCAAAGGGAGCCAAAGACUUUUCAGGGUAAUGUGUUAAAAUAAAUCAGUGGUCUAACUCAGAGGAAGGGCCCGAAGUUGCAUGUUACGGAGACAAGAAAAAGAGACAUGAAAGAUGACAUGGAGGCUGUGACAGAUGAGAGACAAAAUUGGCUUUAGAGGGAGGAGAAAAGGGGAAAGAUUGAGGAUAUGACUGUUCGGGGAGGAAGGAAAUGGAGGUCAAUGUGGAGGAGGGGGUGUAGGGAGGAAAGGAGGUUAGAGACAUAAUCUGCACUUGUGUAACAUGAAUUUACUAUCUUAUGAAACAACUCCUUGUUACAAAGUGUAAUGGGUUUUAGAGAUAGCAAGAAGAACUGUGUACAAAGGACAGGGGUCAGUUUGAACUAAAUAGGGCCUGUGUCCAUUAGUGGUGUUAUUUAUUUUUGUGCUGGUGAUUCUGUUGCUAGAUUUUGACAGCUGCCUAGUGGCAGUUCCCCGAGUAAAUUAAGUAUAUAAUAUUAUAAAGUCAGACUUGAAUUAUUCUGUAUGCUUAGUAUUUCUUUGUAUACAUUUAAAAUCUUUUUUUUAAAUAUGAGAAAUGGUAAAGAAUCUUGUUGUGGUAUUUGUUGCAGCUCUAAACCUAGAAAUUGUACCCCAAAAAUAUGUCUGUGUGCUGGAGAUAAACUGCACAUAGCAAAUGUACCGUUGCUAAUCCUCCACCAUUCUUGUUGACUAAGUAGCUAUCUGAAAUCCCACUUCCUCCUGAUUUUGAUUGGUCAAUAUGAGAGAAGUGAGAGAGCAUUGUAAGCACAUCGACAUAAAACAAUACAGAAGGUAUUUUUAUACCAAGGGCUGAGGACCAAAACAAUGAACUCUGAUGAAAUAGAUGCUGCCAGCCACAAAAACAAACAAACAAACAAACAAACAAAACAACAACAACAAACAAACAAACAAACAAAAAGCCAAACAACAACAACAAAAAACAAAACAAAACAAAAAAACAGGGAAAAGAAAUACUAUUACUGGACACAGGCCCUUAAAUUUCCUUUAUCCUGACAAAACUGAAGUUAUCAAGGACAGACAAGAAAAAAACAGCUAGCCUGCAAGGCGCACCAGGGGAAAUUUACCUCUGCACGCCCACACACAAAUUGUAAAUCUUUAGAUUUAGAUCUGAUUUUAGGAUUUGAUCUAAAGCACAACGAAGAAGGGACCUGAAAAAUGUCCUGAUCGCAGACAAGUCCUCAGUUAGUAAAUGUGUAACAGGGGGAAAGUCCACUUUUUGAUAGGUGCACCAGUACACACACACACACACACACACACACACCAGCCCAUGCUUGUACAAUCAUUGGUCUACACUAUGAAUUACCUGAUGGUGAUACUCAAAGUUUAAUUUUUCUCCAUGUCUGUUCAUGUUGAUAUCAGCAUCAAUCCAAGGCUGUAUUAUUCAUUCUGAGCAGCAUGAACCCAGUCAUUGCUUUCUUCACUGAUUGUAUAUCGAACUUUUGUUGCACUGUAUGUUCGGAGGUAUUGAUUUUUAUACAUGAAAGUGAAUUAAUUGUAACAUAGCAGGCCCUCUUGGUAUGCCAUCUUAUAUUAUCUUUCAUUCUUUUAUUUUCAUUAUUUUUCUGAUGCUUUUUACUUCCCAAUGAUUACAACAUGUAAAUUCAUAAUACUACUCGACUUUAGCAGUUUUAAAUGCAAGGGGUCACAUUAACUGUUGCAGUGGGUUAUGUCAUUGUUUUAUUUGUGUAUUCCCAGUGUACCCCCAAGGGCAGACAGGAGUGUUUUGAUUGUCCUUGCUCCAUUUUUUUUAUUUUGGCACAUUAAAACUCGCCUCGCUGGAGCAGCUGUUUUAUUGUUGUGAGUCCUCCCUGCAUUAUUUUUUUAUUCAGAUGUUCUUUUGUGUACGUGUGUGCAUUUGUGCGUGCGGCGAUAUCUCUUGUUUUGGGCUUAUGUGCAGGAUUUAGGGGAAGAUGGAUGGGCUAAGUAGACAGAAUGUGUAAGCAUACAACAGAGCCAAACAAGAGAUGGUAAGCUGUUUUUGUUUUGCAGAAAAAAAAUAACAUAAGCUACAACAACGGGAAAAUGGCUCGAGCCCACACAAAAGGUAGACAAGGAGUGUAAAAAACAACAAACUGCUUGCCUUGGUGCUUUGUCGCUUUUCUUACAUUGUGGUUCAGAGCCUCAACAGUUUCAGCUCUUUUUCUGUCUCAUACAUUCAGGUUUUAAUUUUGUGACAAGGGGAAUUGUUCAAUAAUGCCCACAAUAAAUGUCAAAUCAGAUAACAAAUUGCCAUCUGAGCUCUUGAUUUGAAUUUGUUUGUGAGUUUUUUAAGCUAAAGGUGAACUUGGGUUUUCCUAUACAGAUUAAAACUGAAGUAUGAUGAGAUUCUGCCGUGGUGAGGUGAUACUAUUUUGUCCUUUCUGAGUCUUAAUCCCUUUUUGCACGCUCUUGUAUUGUAAAUGCUGAAUGAUAUCCCUUUAAAGGUUAGAAGUGGAUUUGUUGGCAUCCUGAAAUGCCUUAUGGGAUGCAUACAGAGCUGAGGGGAUAGAGAAUUCAGUUUUUAUUCUCACUGACAUUAUUUUGAUGAGAUUUUAUCUUUUCGUUGGGAAAACUUUAACGCAGCAAAUUAAGAAAGAAACACUCAAUUUUGUGUGCAAAUGCCAACAUGUUCAAUCUUGAGCUCUCGGAAAAGGUUCUCCCCACCCACUCUGCCUCUUAUAUUUUCCUAAAAUAAAGAGAAGGAAACUGAUUUGAGUCUGGUGCUUUUGUGGAGGCGAACAAACAGAAAAGUGAUCUGUGAACAGGGGCCCUGUGGAGACAGCACUCUCCAGGCACCCUAAGAUCUUCCUAUGAUGAAUAAUGGAAAUCUUUGACAGGUUGAAGCACUGUGUAAGACUGAAUACACUGAGCACAGAGUCCCAGCCACAGGCUGUCAUCUACACCAUUAUCAGUCCAAUUAUAGAGCUGGAUGGAGAAGUGGAAAGGAGAGAUUGGGAAAGACAAAGAGUGUGAAGAACUAACUUGACACCCUUUGGCAUUAAUUUGCAGAAAAAAAAAAGAAAACUGCUUAAUCACAUAAUGUAUUUUCAGCACUCUGCAGACUGGUUAUGGUUGAUGAUGAAUGGCAAGAGAGAGACUGAUCUACAUGAGAUAUGAAAAGGAUCAUUAUUGGAGUUAAUUGAAGAAAGUUGAUUUCAUAAUCUUUGGGCGAUAUAAAACCAUUCCUUUUACAGAGAUCUUUUCAUCCAGAGCUAAUGCACCUGCUGAAUCUACACUCAGUGUCUCUUCUUGUUGGUCUUAAAUAAAUGAGAACCAAAGCCACAGCCCAUCAUUCCCAUUGGUGCCACUUAAAAUGAUACUCCAUCGCAUGAGUAGAUACUAAGAAGUUAUGAUAGACUCACAGAUUAUAGAAAUGGAUUUACAAAAGAUGAGUGCGACCCAAUCUGAAGUUCAAACUUCUUCUUAAGCUGAAAGAUUUUUGUCAAAGCUUGAAUAUUAAAAAUCCUCUUUAGUUAAUCAAAUAAAGUGAGACGAUUUUCUUAGCUCAGCUCACUGGAAGUAUGGGAGACAUUUGCAUAUCCUCUCUAUUUGUAUCGUAUUACAACCAUCUUCUAGAAAUGAACAAUUGACCUAUCACUUAUGCUGCGUUCCAGUUGUACUCGGAAGUCGGAAUUUCCGAGCUCCAAGUCGGAAAUUCAUCUGGAACGUCCCCCUGAAGUUAUGUGUUAUUUAAAAAUGGUAUCACUAGCAACAAUUAACAACAGCUGACAACUGCCAACGAAAGCUGACAACAGGUAACAACAACUGACAACAACUAACGACAGCUGACAACGGCUAACAAAAGCUAACAACAACUGACAAAGGCUAACAACAACUAACGACAGCUGACAACCGCCAACAACAGCUAACAACAACUGACAACAGCUAACUACAGCUGACAACAGCUAACAACAACUGACAACCACUAACGACAGCUGACAACGGCUAACAACAACUGACAACCACUAACGACAGCUGACAACCGCCAACAACAGCUAACAACAACUGACAACAGCUAACU